AUGCGGCCAAUCGAUUCUGGCGCCGUCUCCUUCGUGAUCUUGCUGUUCGUCUUUCUACUUGUACUGCCACCCUCGUCCGCGUCGCCCACGCCGCCGUCAGUCCGGCGAUUAUCCGGCGUCCAGAGAAGCAACUCCAGCCGCCAGAUCCCAAAGUGCAGCGGCAUGGCAUCCAGAUCUCAGUGCUCCCAGAACCCAAAGUGCAAGUGGUGCCGGAGCGAUGCUCUGGACGACAUGUGCUUCAGAAAGCUCGAAGCUUGGAAGCUCCCUCAGCAGGUCUUUGUCUGCGAUUGA